AUGAAACGUUCUCAUGAUGUUGCCAUUGAUGAAAAAGUAGAGUUCAGUGCACUCCUUCAGAAUAAACAGCUUUUACAGGGUCUUAAACGAGCUGGAUAUGAUCAACCUUCUCCUGUUCAACUUAAAGCAAUACCUUUAGGUCGACUUGGUGUUGAUUUGAUUGCACAAGCUAAAUCGGGUACGGGUAAAACGGUUGUCUUUGGUGUUAUUACGCUUGAAGCUAUCCGAUCUCAAGUGACGUCUACUCAAGCACUCAUUGUGGCUCCUACUCGUGAAAUUGCUAUUCAAAUCCGAGAUGUCAUUCGUCUCUUGGCUGUUGAUUAUAAACCACCUGUAAGUUGUCAUGCCUUUAUUGGAGGUCUAUCUAUGCAAGCUGAUUUACACCAUUUAUCUAAAUGUCAAAUUGUAGUCGGCACUCCAGGAAGACUGAUGGCUUUAAUUGCAACAAAGAAAUUUAUCACAUCAGAACUGCGUUUGAUCGUUUUGGAUGAAGCAGACAAACUUAUGUCUGACACCUUCUUCCCGCAAGUUGAGUAUAUUAUUUCGAAUGUCAAGGGUAAAAAGACUUUGCAAACAGUUGCCUUUUCUGCCACAUUUCAUGAUUCUCUUUUACAGACAUUAUCUGGAUUUAUGAAAGAACCCCAAAUUGUAAAGUUGACAGAUGGUAUCCCUACUUUAGCUGAGGUUCAACAAUACUAUUUAAAGAUAUUAGUCGAAAACACAUCAAAAUUGGCAAUCUACAAAUCAAAAUUUGAAGCUCUUGAAAAACUGUUGAGUCAAGUUCCCUUUUAUCAAUGUAUGAUUUUUGUGAAUAGUGUUCCGAGAUCAAUGGAGCUUACAGCUUGGCUAAAUGAAAUGGGAUGGAAGUCUGGACUUAUUCAUGCAGGUCUAACACAAGAAAAACGAUUGACUGUAAUGGAAAAUAUGAGGGAUUUCAAAAUUCGUAUUCUUGUCUGUAGUGACCUGAUUGCUCGUGGAAUUGAUAUUGAUAAAGUGAAUUUAGUUAUCAAUGUGGAUUUUCCCUGGGAGAUUGAGACUUAUUUACAUCGAGUGGGACGUACAGGUCGAUUUGGUACUUCAGGUAUAGCAGUUAAUUUGAUUGGACCUGAGGAUGAAGCAUUUUUGGAGCAAUUACUGAAAAAGGGCAUUACUGUUCAUCCAUUACCUGGUAAGUAG